CUUCAUUUUACCGUACACCAUCUGAUCCCCGCUCCGUUGCCUCUCGUUUACUUCACCUGACGCGCCCUCCCCAGCGGGUGGCGAGUGAUUUGGAGGAGUUUGUGAAUAUAUAGGAGAGUGGCAGAGAGCUGCUUCGUCUGCAUUCCUAGUCCUACCCCAUCUCUGUUUCCGAGCAGGACUGUAACUAUAGCCAACUGAGCUUGUUUCUUCUGAGAUGGCGGCCAAGGAUGAAGCGAUGGAAGCUCUCAAGAGGGAAGCAGUUGAUUUGGAGAAUAUACCGCUCGAAGAGGUGUUUGAGAAUCUGCGAUGCACGAGAGAGGGGCUUUCGUCGGAAGAUGCUAACAGAAGGCUGGAAAUUUUUGGCCAGAACAAGCUUGAGGAAAAGGAGGAGAGUAAGAUUCUGAAGUUCUUAGGGUUUAUGUGGAAUCCUCUGUCGUGGGUGAUGGAAGCUGCGGCAAUUAUGGCCAUAGCUCUAGCGAACGGAGGAGGGAGACCACCAGAUUGGCAGGAUUUCGUAGGAAUCAUUACUCUCCUUGUAAUAAACUCAACCAUAAGUUUCAUAGAAGAAAACAAUGCUGGAAAUGCUGCUGCUGCUCUCAUGGCUCGUCUUGCACCCAAAGCAAAGUCUGCUCUGACGGGGGAAUCCCUUCCAGUGACAAAGGGCCCCGGAGAUGGUGUAUACUCUGGUUCUACUGUCAAACAAGGGGAGAUCGAGGCAGUGGUCAUUGCAACAGGUGUCCACACCUUCUUUGGCAAGGCUGCCCACCUAGUAGACUCCACCAACCAAGUGGGACAUUUUCAGAAGGUCUUAACUGCUAUUGGGAAUUUCUGCAUAUGUUCUAUUGCUGUGGGAAUGGUCAUUGAGAUCAUUGUAAUGUACCCUAUUCAACACCGUGAUUAUCGUCCAGGGAUUGACAAUUUACUUGUGCUUCUUAUUGGAGGAAUUCCAAUUGCAAUGCCAACAGUGUUGUCUGUUACAAUGGCAAUUGGUUCUCAUCGUUUGUCCCAGCAGGGGGCCAUCACUAAAAGAAUGACAGCAAUAGAAGAAAUGGCUGGCAUGGAUGUGCUUUGCAGUGAUAAAACUGGAACUUUGACAUUGAACAAACUAACAGUUGACAAAAAUCUUAUUGAGGUCUUUGUGAAAGGCAUUGAUGCAGAUACUGUUGUAUUAAUGGCUGCCCAAGCCUCUCGAUUGGAAAACCAAGAUGCCAUUGAUGCUGCAAUAGUUGGGAUGCUGGCUGAUCCCAAGGAGGCAAGAGCUGGAAUUCAGGAGGUUCAUUUCUUACCAUUCAAUCCAACCGAUAAGCGGACAGCUUUGACAUACAUCGACAAUGAAGGUAAAAUGCAUCGAGUCAGCAAAGGUGCCCCUGAACAGAUAUUAAAUCUUGCAUACAACAAAUCUGAGAUAGAGCGUAGAGUUCAUUCUGUCAUCGAUAAGUUUGCAGAGCGUGGAUUGCGAUCACUUGCAGUGGCAUACCAGGAAGUUCCUGAAGGAAGGAAGGAGAGUACUGGAGGUCCAUGGAAAUUUAUAGGACUCAUGCCCCUUUUUGAUCCUCCUAGACAUGACAGUGCUGAGACUAUUAGAAGGGCACUGAAUCUAGGCGUAAACGUUAAAAUGAUCACUGGUGAUCAGCUAGCAAUAGCGAAGGAAACAGGGCGUCGUUUGGGAAUGGGAACCAACAUGUAUCCUUCAUCAUCUUUGCUAGGACAUGACAAAGAUGAGUCCAUUGCUGCUUUGCCUAUUGAUGAGUUAAUUGAAAAGGCUGAUGGCUUUGCUGGUGUUUUUCCUGAGCACAAGUAUGAAAUUGUCAAGCGUUUGCAAGCUCGGAAACAUAUAUGUGGGAUGACUGGUGAUGGGGUGAACGAUGCCCCUGCUCUUAAGAAGGCUGAUAUUGGAAUAGCUGUUGCAGAUGCAACUGAUGCUGCUCGAGGUGCAUCUGACAUUGUCCUGACUGAACCCGGUCUAAGCGUUAUCAUCAGUGCUGUGCUAACUAGCCGAGCAAUCUUUCAAAGAAUGAAAAAUUACACGAUAUAUGCUGUUUCCAUCACAAUACGUAUUGUGCUUGGUUUUAUGUUGCUUGCACUCAUAUGGAAGUUUGACUUCCCGCCAUUUAUGGUUCUGAUUAUUGCCAUACUAAAUGACGGUACCAUCAUGACAAUAUCAAAGGAUAGGGUGAAACCAUCUCCUUUACCAGACAGCUGGAAGCUUUCUGAGAUUUUCACAACAGGAAUUGUCCUUGGUGGCUACUUAGCAAUGAUGACAGUCAUUUUCUUCUGGGCUGCGUAUGAUACCGACUUCUUCCCUAGGAUAUUUGGAGUUGAGUCUCUUGAGAAAACUGUUAACCCUGACUUCAGAAAGCUUGCCUCCGCAAUAUAUUUGCAAGUGAGUAUAAUCAGCCAGGCUCUCAUAUUUGUGACAAGGUCGAGAAGUUGGUCUUUUGUUGAGCGUCCAGGGCUUCUUCUUGUGGGGGCUUUCCUCAUUGCGCAGCUUAUUGCUACCCUGAUUUCGGUGUACGCAAACUGGAGCUUUGCUGCAAUAGAAGGGAUAGGCUGGGGUUGGGCUGGAGUUAUUUGGCUCUACAAUAUCAUAUUCUACUUCCCACUUGAUUUAAUCAAAUUCUUCAUCAGAUACGCAUUGAGUGGAAGGGCUUGGGAUCUUGUUAUUGAGCAGAGGAUUGCCUUCACAAGGAAAAAGGAUUUUGGUAAGGAAGACCGGGAACUUAAAUGGGCACAAGCGCAAAGGACACUCCACGGGCUUCAUCCACCUCAGACACAGUUUGGUGAACGUAAUAAUUACAAUGAACUUAAUCAGAUAGCUGAAGAGGCUAAACGACGAGCUGAGAUGGCAAGGCUCAGAGAGUUGCAUACAUUGAAAGGCCAUGUUGAAUCUGUUAUAAAGAUGAAGAAUCUUGACAUAGACACAAUUCAGCAAUCAUACACGGUCUAAGAGCUCUGAGUGCUUUUAAGAUAUAAUCUAGGCUUCAUUGGUUGUGCUCCCUUUCCGUCGAGCUCUGAGAUACCAGUCCGUCUCCUCCACCGUUUUUUGUCUUUUCUUUUAAAGGGGUUGGGGGUCGACAAAAGCACAAGUUAGGGAAUGGAAGGGGGCUGCGUAGCUCCUACGGACAAUGCCUACAUGUAUACCACAAAAUAUUUUUGUUUUAUAGGUAAUAUAAGAUAGAAUAUGUUAUUUUGGGAAUGCGUGACAUGCACGGGGAUGUAGCUCAGAUGGUAGAGCGCUCGCUUAGCAUGCGAGAGGUACGGGGAUCGAUACCCCGCAUCUCCACAUCUUUGGGUGAUUUUUGUAUUUUGGAGUUUCUUAUCCAAAAAUCUUGAGCAUGGGUUUGGCCG